GUUUCGCGGGAAAGUGCUGGAGUCUCUCAGAUUACCCGUGAGCCAUUCAGGACACUUCCAGUACCCGUCCGGCUACAACUACUUCAUCGCCUUUUAACUGUUCCAAGUCAUUAUCAAGACCACAAGUGUGUUGUAAAUAAUACAGCUCACUUUUUUGAAAAUGAGUUUUAAUUUGGAAAGAUUCCGGUACCAAGGGAAUGAACGCAAGAGGAAAGAUCGGGCACUGACUCAGGAUCGCAUCGGCUCUGCAAAAUCCAAGCAGGACAAAGAAAACAAACCAAGCUCCACAGCCCCUGGAACGAUGCAAGGACAGCAGACACCAGAGCCUGACUGCCAAGCCCCAGUGUUAAAGACGUCUGUACAGACUGUGGAGGCGGUGGAGGAGUGGGAGACCUCCAGAGAGUGGUACAUGGGUGAUGAGGAGAUGGAGGAGGGAAUCAGAACCCCAAGCCCCCUGGAUCUGACCAUGGCUUCCUGCUUGACGAGGCAGACAGACAAAGGGUCUGCCCAGAAGCAGAAGCAUGGUAGUGUUGACAGCAGCGACUGUGAGGAAAGCGCCAAUGAAAUGGAGAGACCCGGCAAGAGGAAGAAGCAGGACACCUCUACGGCUGGUGUUGACAGCGGCGACUGUGAGGAAAGCGACAAUGAAAUGGAGAGACCCAGAAAGAGGAAGAAGCAGGACACCUCUACGGCUGGUGUUGACAGCAGCGACUGUGAGGAAAGUGACAAUGAAAUGGAGAGACCCAACAGGUGGAAGAAGCAGGACACCUCUACGGCUGCUGUUGACAGCGGCGACUGUGAGGAAAGCGACAAUGAAAUGGAGAGACCCGGCAGGUGGAAGAAGCAGGACACCUCUACGGCUGGUGUUGACAGCGGCGACUGUGAGGAAAGCGACAAUGAAAUGGAGAGACCCGGCAAGAGGAAGAAGCAGGACACCUUUACGGCUGGUGUUGACAGUGGCGACUGUGAGGAAAGCGACAAUGAAAUGGAGAGACCCGGCAAGAGCAAGAAGCAGGACACCUCUACGGCUGGUGUUGACAGCGGCGACAGUGAGGAAAGCGACAGUGAAAUGGAGAGACCCGGCAAGAGGAAGAAGCAGGACACCUCUACGGCUGCUGUUGACAGCGGCGACAGUGAGGAAAGCGACAGUGAAAUGGAGAGACCCGGCAAGAGGAAGAAGCAGGACACCUCUACGGCUGGUGGCACCCUUGCUCAUCGCGCAGCACACCAGGUGGCUCCGUCGGGCCAAGACAAGAAGGCACCGUCAUCGGUGGAUCAGGGAAUCAUGGUCAGAAAGCUGCAGAAGGUCUUUCCUGAGCUCGACAGGGAGGAGCUGCGAGACAUACUGCAGCAACACAACUGGAACAUGGAGCAGGCCUUGGAUGAGCUGUACCUGUCCUCUGAUCUGGACGAGCCACCCAGCUCUCCUGAAGUCCGCGUGACAAAACCUGUCAUACAGCAGCCUGUCACUGUGGCUCACAGGACGGGCAAAGGGGCCUGCCCCCGCAAUGUCACCAAAAAGGCUGACAAGAGGGUCACUGCGGCCAAAGCCAAGAAGACCGGGCGGAAGGCGCGGGGCGGAAUGACCGCAAAUACUUCCGACAGCACCUCUGAGGAAGAGGGCAACAGCGAUUUUGAGGACUCCUCGGGUGACGACUCAGACAGGACUGACACCAUGGACUCAGACCUGAAAGCAAGCAUCGUGAAAUUCUUCCAGCAGGCCUCAAUGGACGAGCUGUCGCUCAUCCGCUCAUGCUCUCAGAAGACGGCCGAGCUGCGGCCUUACCGCUCGUGGCGUGACCUGGAGAGGGCAUUCCAAGAGAAGAACAAUCUCUCCGACAGACUCCUGUCAGGUUGCAAGGUGGUGCUGAAGGAGCGAUGGGUGGUGCUGGAGCUGAUGAAGAAGUGUGAGGCCAUAGCUGGCAAGAUGAUGAAGGACUUGGCUUCGCUCAUCCAGGGAGGUUCGGCCUCCUACAGCCAGCCUACCAUUCUCAAUAGCAAGAUGCAGCUGAAGCCUUUCCAGCUGGUUGGCCUGCACUGGCUAAACCUGCUUCACCAGAACAAGCUGAGCGGGAUCCUCGCCGACGAGAUGGGUUUGGGGAAGACCAUCCAGGCCAUCUCCUUCCUUGCCAGCCUGUACCAGACGGGCAACAAGGGACCCCACCUCAUCGCCGCGCCAGCCUCCACCAUAGAUAACUGGGUGCGUGAGCUGAACCUGUGGUGCCCCAAGCUGAAGGUGCUGCCUUACCGAGGUAAUUUCGAGGAGCGUACAUGCCUACGACAUGACAUCCUCCGCCGGCUGGUGGACUUCAACGUUAUUAUUUGCACGUACAACAUGACCGUCGGAACCUCGAGCGACCGCGGUUUCUUCCACAAACUGAAGUUGCAGUAUGCUGUGUUCGAUGAGGGCCACAUGCUGAAGAAUAUGAACACGAUGCGCUACUUGCAUCUCAUGGAAAUCAAUGCAAAGUACCGGCUGCUCCUAACCGGAACCCCCCUGCAGAACAACCUCCUGGAGCUGAUGUCACUACUGAACUUCAUCAUGCCCUCCCUGUUCUCCAGCAGUACUUCUCAGACCGCCAAGUUAUUCUCAGCGAAAUCUUCAGAGCAGAGCAGCUUUGAGAAGGACAGGAUUGCUCAUGCCAAACUCAUCUUGAAGCCCUUCAUCCUGAGAAGACUCAAGAGCGAGGUCCUGAAACAGCUGCCCGCGAAGGUGAAAAAGGUGGAGUUCUGUCCCAUGAGUGAGAAGCAGCAGAAGCUCUAUAGCACCUUCCUGGAGACGCUCAAGUCUUCUGCCGUCGGCAAGCCAAAGUCGCUGAACUUCAUGAUGAUGCAGCUGAGGAAGAUGGCGAACCACCCCCUGCUCCACCGACAGUACUAUACUAGUGAGAAGCUUGCAGCUAUGAGUCAUCUUAUGCUCAAGGAGCCCACGCACCAUGACGCUGACCCCGCCCUCAUCCUGGAGGACAUGGAGGUGAUGUCUGACUUUGAGCUGCACUGCCUGUGCCAGCGGUACCCCGGCCUAGAGAGUUACCAGCUGCAGUCGGACCUGCUGUGCGACUCGGGCAAGUUUGCCCUGCUCACAGAACUGCUGGCUUCCCUGAAACAGAAGGGGGACCGCGUGGUGCUCUUUAGCCAGUUCAGGACAAUGCUGGACAUCAUGGAGGCCUUCCUUCAGCAGCUGGGACACAGUUACAUCCGCAUGGAUGGCUGCACUCCCAUAGCAGACAGGAUCGUCCUGAUCGACAAGUAUAACAACACCUCGGAGAUCUUUGUGUUCCUGCUGUCUACUCGGGCCGGCGGGCAGGGCAUCAACCUGACCUCAGCCAACGUAGUCAUCCUCCACGAUAUCGACUGGAACCCUUACAACGACAGGCAGGCUGAGGACCGCUGCCAUCGCGUGGGCCAGACCAAGACGGUGCAGGUGUUCAGACUGGUGAGCCAGGACACCAUUGAGGUCAACCUUCUGCAGAUCAGCCAGAAGAAGCUGAGGCUGGAACAGGACAUAUCUGCUGCUGAGGAAGGUAAAGAGGGGGACUCGUGUGAGGACAUCGCCUCUUUGCUGAAGACCGUUCUGGGCCUGUGAGCACCUCACCUGCUGCCUGUCUUAAAGCUGCUUAACACUGAGUGCCUCCUGUGGAUAUUCAGUACCUGAGCUGUGAAGAAUCUCAGCUCAUGUCGGAGUGCUGCUGCUUGGAAUCUGUUCAGUAGUUGAAGAUGCCCUGUAGAGGGCAUUCUGACUGGAGACAUUUUUAUGUUUGUUGGGUGCUUGUUGUAAUGUCAGAUUAUGUAUGUGAAGGUUACAAAUGUUUAUUCUCUCAAAAGCUGCUGUUUAUAUCGCCACAGCAUUUGCAUGUCAAAUAAAGAUUUUACAAUGUUAA